CUGGAGCUGGGGAGGAGCCGGGGAAAGGAGGCCCCAGCCCAGAGUGCAGCCGGCGGCCGCUGGGAGAGCAAGCAGGGAGGCCGGGGGUAAUGGGGGAGAGCACGCUGGAGCCGGGGCCUGUGCCCGCAGCGCCGGCGGGGGGCCCGGUGCACGCCGUGACGGUGGUGACGCUGCUGGAGAAGCUGGCCACCAUGCUAGAGGCGCUGCGGGAGCGGCAGGGGGGCCUGGCUCGGAGGCAGGGCGGCUGCUGCGGGGUAGGGGACUGCCAGGGUCAGAGCUGUGUUCAUCACCUGCAGGAGGAGGCUGAAAUCCCAGCCAGCGCCUUCCAGAAGGCGCCCGAACCCUUAGGCCCGGCAGACCAGACCCAACCUGGCCCAGAGCAGCCGGAGGCCGAAGUUGAGGAGAGCUCAGACGAGGAGCAGGUGGAGUCCAGGGCCCGGCGGCUUCGGCGCACCGGGUUGGAGAAGGUACAGAGCCUGCGAAGGGCCCUCUCUGGCCGGAAAGGCCCUGCAGCAUCAACGCCCACGCCAGUCAAGCCACCUCGUCUUGGGCCUGGCCGGAGCGCUGAUGGCCAGCCAGAAGCCCAGCCUGCGCUGGAGCCCAAGCGGGAGCCAGAAUCUCCGCAGGAUACUGAGGAAGAUCCCGGGAAAUCUGGGGCUGCUGAAGCCGCGGUGCUCCAAGUAGAGAGUGCGGCCUAAUGGCUGGUGCUGUCUACUUCUCCUGUGCCUAUGCCUAAUCCCCAAAUAAAUCUCCCUCUGGAAUGCAGCAUUCACGCCCAAAAAAGGAGUGAAUCCUGCACCCAUAGCCCAGCUCUGGCCUUCCCUUAAUGGUACCUUCAGAUUAGCUUGCGUCCUCUAAAAGAGCAGCAGCUGCUCACACCUGCUUGCACUCCUGGUCAAUAAAAGUUCUGUCACCUAUUCCAGACUCCAUGUGAAGGGGUGGGAGGCAAAGGCUUGCAAGGAGUAAGACAAAUGUUGGAACCUGGAAUGUGGCUUCAGUUUCAACCAGAUCAUUGUAUCAUUUCUCAGGUUCCCACUGAAUCUUGGACAUAUAGAAAUAAGCUGCUGUCCACUUGCUUCUUGAGCACUUUACUCAUGGAGAAGCAUCCAGUAUAGUCUCUUGCUGUAGGUGCUCAAUAAAUGUCAACGAGUGGUUUUCCUCUUA